GCCCUCCCCGGUUGAUUUCACUCACUUCCUGCUCAGGGUUAGGCAGCCACAGUGGACCCAGGCUGGGUAGACUGGAAGGAUCAGAGGUCCAGGCAGGGCCCAAGGCAGGCCGAUGGCCAGUGGGGGCACAGACCUCAGCACCAGGAUGUCUGCAGAAGAUGAGAACAUAGAAAACAAACGUAUCAAUGACAUUGCACUCACAUACUUCAAAAAAUAUAAGGUGGAGAUUUCAGGUGCAAUAAAAACAACAUUUCCUUUCCUUGAACUUCUUCGUGACCAUGAAUUCAUCACUAACGAAAUGUAUGAAAAAUCUCAAGAAUCUUUUAAAAAACGGUUUUCUGUACAUGAAGUCAUAUAUGAUGUUCUCACUGAACUGGAGAAGAAAUUUGACAUGUCUCUUCUUGGAGCACUGUUCAGCAAGACCAUCAUGAAGAAUUACCCUGAUUUAUUUCGCAUUUAUAAAAUAUUCUACAAAGUGUUACCAGACAUAGAAUUCCUCCUAGAAAGUGAUGGAGAAGAAAAUGCAGUGAGGCCUAAUGAACAACUAAGCCUGGAACAAGGAACUGGUGAAACUUCUUAUCAAAGACUGAUGUGGUUAGGCCCAGAUGCCUGUAAUUACAAUGAUACAGCCCCACCUGAACGUGGAUCCUCAGAGCACCUCCGUGAAACACAAGAGAUAAAUGCAACUGAAACAUGUACAACCAGUGACAACAGGGAUGCACUAGAAAGCCAACAAGCAAAUGAACAAUGUGCCCAACAGUCUAAAACAGCAGUGAUCAACAGUCAGGACUUCACUGAAUUUACUGAUGGAGAUGGACCCUCUGAAGCUUCCACCUCAGCAUUGAAAAGGAAAAUUGCACCCAUUGAUUUCAGAAAAUCACCUACAGCAGGAAAAAUACUUUGUAAAACAGGGAUAAGAGAGCCCAUGGAUGCGAAUGUGGAUUUUGGUGCUGAAAUACUUCCUGUGACCUGUGGAGAGAUUACGGGCUUGUUAAUUAAGAGAAAAUUUGAACGAGGAUCCAUGGUGAAGUGUAUAAGAAGCCAGGAUGGAAAUUGGUUCACUCUACACGAAUUUGAACUUAAAGCAGGCUACAAAUCCUGUAACUGGAAAAACAGCAUGCGCUGCGAUAGAAGAACCCUAAAAUGGCUGAUGGAGAAAGAACUUCUACCUAAACCUCCAAGAAUAUAUGGCAAGAUAAAAAAGCCGGAAAACGCAGACAAAUGCAAGAUCUGUGGGGAUGAAGGAAAGCUCUUCAAAUGCAGCUGGUGUUUCAGCUUCUUCCAUGGGGACUGUCACAUCCCACCUGUGGAACCUGAGAGGAAACCUUGGAGAUGUACCUUCUGCACAAUACUUCAAGUGUCUUCACGAAGUCAGCAGUGUUACAGUGAAUCUGAGGUUCUGGCAAGACAGAUGGGGCCUGAAGAGAAGUCGAAAUGUGAAUUCCUACUCCUAAAGGCCUAUUGCCAUUUCGAGACCAACAUUUUUCCGAAUAUUCCACAUCAAAAUUAUGUUCAAAAGGCUUCUCAAUGCCUAGAGACACUUAGGACAUUGGAUGAAAUCAAGAAUAAUCUAAAGAAAAGUUAUUCCCAAGUGAAGGGGUUUGUGCUUGACAUGAACAACAUCUUUCAGGAUUCUAAGGAUUUAAGCUCACCAGAGAGAGCAACAGUGAAUAAGGAGUUGUCCCUGCAACCAGACUCCAGGCACCUGAGAGCUCAUUCCUCACCUCAAAGGUGACAAGUGGCCAUUGAGAACAGUGGUGCCCUCCCUAUUCCAAACCUGAGGAGAAAAUUGCUUCCUAAAGUCAUGUUAUCCUUUUUAUUUCUCCCCAAAUAUACUCAGUCAGACCUCUCAGAGGCCCCAAACUACAUAUUUCUUUGCUUGUAAAUGAACCAUAUAACAACAUAUCACCAGAGGAGAAUAGAAUUGACAAUGUAAAAGGAAGAUCAUUGAUUGUACAUCUGUAAUAUUUGAUUAUCACUAAGGCCUUAGAUUACUUUUCUAACUUUCACUAAAAGAAACAAACCAAAGCCAAUGACUAAGAAUCAUCCGUGUAGUAAUGAUUUCCCAUUUCUGUUCAGACAAGGCUUAAUCAUGCUCUUAGGAAACAAAAGAUACUCUUAGAUGCUUGAUUUUCUAAACUUCACCUGGUUAAUGUAACUUAGGUGUUUAAGACAAGAGUCCUCAUCAUUUUCAAUUGUAAGUCGUCUAAUGACAUG